AUGGUCGAGUGGGUAGAAGAUGGAAGUAACUACGACAUCAUUCGAGGCGAAUCCACCACGGGCAAGAGCAUGAGCCAUGGCAACGGUAUCACAAAGAUUGCUAACUUUGGGCUGAUGGCAGAGCACGUGUACUCGGUGGUGAUUGCUGACGUGCAAGCAACGGGGGUGUUCGACGCUCGCCAUGUCCCAAAAUGA